GUGGAGCGUGCCGGUUCAGCGGACAAUUAUGAGCGCCGUCCGACACCGACGUCGGCAAUCCGUCCUCGUGCCUGUGAACCCGAAUGCAUAUAACACUCCUCGACGAGGGUCUGCAGUGUCUUACGUGUCCAAAUCGAACACGGCAAAGGCUAAACCCACCGUCACGGCGAGGUACUCGUCGGAUACGCUCAAGGUCGUGGAGGGCGGGUCGUCCGGGUUUUACUCGGUGCAUUUCCAGUUCACGACACCUCCUACCCACCCCAUCAUCGUGUCGCCCAUGACUAAUGCGCAUACGCUGCGGAUUUAUCCGCCCGUGAUCAAGUUCAACCCGGAAGAUGCGCAUCUGCCGCAGUUCUUCCGAGUCAGUGUGCUCCACGAGACCGACGACGACACGAGGGCCCCCAUGACAUUGGAGCACUCGGUCCAGAGCAUCGACCCGUCAUUUUGUGGCUACAGCGUCAUGCACGAGCCAAAGAUACUGACCGUCGCCAUCUUCCACGGCGGCGGCAAGUACCUCAUGUCCACUGGCGACGCCGCGUACGGCACUCUUGGGCAGGACACGUUGGACCCUCGCUACGAGUUUGGCGACGUGAGCUUUUGCCACUUGUACUUGAACGGCCGAAAGACGACCUCUGGCCAUCGGAAGGGGACGUCUGCCCGAUCCACAUCGCUCUGUGACAGCGUCCAUGUGACCAUGCUCAGUGAAAUCGCUUGCGGCAGCCACCACGCGAUUGUGCUCGAUGCCAACGGACGCCUGUUUGCGUUUGGCGACUCGAGUCGAGGCCAGUUAGGGUUAGGGUCCCGUCGGUCGAUGGCGAAACCAGGAGUUUGGAACGGCAUUGACGUGGAUGGUCGCCUGCACUCCAAGCUGUUUGGAGUCGCGUGCGGGGCAGCUCACACGGUUGUGAUCACGGACGACGGCGAAGUGUUGACAUGGGGCGACAACGACAGCGGCCAAUUAGGAAUGUCGUCGCGGCAGCUGCCCUCCCUGGAUUUACCCAAAUGUCUUCCGUGGCCACUGGGGCAUAAAAUCAUCCACAUGGCGUGUGGGUUGAAGCACACGAUGGCGUUGCUGGACACGGGUGCGGUCGUGUCUUGGGGUUACGGCAAGUCCGGGGCCCUCGGGCACGGCAACCGAGACAACGUCGACGGGCCUAAAGAAGUCGUGUCGUUGCGGGGGCAGUCUGUGUUUCAAGUCGCUUGUGGGGACAUGCACUCGGCAGUGGUGCUCAAUUCUGGCGAGCUGGUCACGGCGGGAUGGUGUGAGAAUGGCCGAUUGGGUCGCAUGAAAGCGCUGGACGACUGCGGGUGUACUUUUGAGCGAGUGGAUUUGAAGGGAAAGUUGUGCAGUUGGGUGGCGUGCGGCGGGGCCCAUACCAUGUGCUUGACGGACCAGUACGAUGUGCUGGCGUUCGGGGCCAACACGUUCGGGCAGUUGGGUGUAGGCGACUGCCGCGACCGCGCGUACCCUGUGGAAGUAGUGUUUUUCCGAAAAGUCAGAGUGCAUCAUGUCGUGCUGGGCAAAUUCCAUUCGCUGGCCAUUUCCGACGAUCGGUUGUUGUAUGCGUGGGGAAACGGGGAGCAGGGUCAGUGUGGCCUGGGCCCCUUUCCUCACAUUUACACGUUGCCGCAGCUGGUUCGGUCGGUCUUGGGUUGUCCAGUGUUUCAGAUUGCCGCGGGGGACGCAUUCACGCUGAUCUUGACCAGCAACACGCCCACGUUGGUGAAGGAUUUGGCUGGACGGGACGAACAUUGGCGGUUGAGGCAAAAGCAGCUCGUGGCCAGCGACAAGGCCCACCGCGACGCCAUUCGAAAGCAGCUAGACGACAAAACACAGCAAAAAUUCCACGACACCAUGCACGGGAACCAUCCGUUUUUGGCGGUGUUGCGACAACUGCACCAAUCGUCCCCCCUCGCCCUGGCCCAUGUCCAGCUCAAGACCCCCCCGUCCGCAGACGCGAUUGCUGCCGCCGUCAAGCGGUCAGGGCUGAGUCGACAACGCAGCCUAGACAAGCUUCAGUUUGUGGUCGACCCGGCUACUAUGGCCCAAGUGGAGCUAAAAGUACACUCGCCACGCAACAAGACCUUGACCAACCCUCGAUGCCACAGCGCCAACCUCCACGGCCCCGUUCGCACAAGCCAGAUGUUGGCUCAAUCCCCCAGCCUACAACGAGCGCUCAAGUCUGCGGCAGCGCUUCGGAGACCCCGCAGUGGCCUUGCAGCCUGCAUCGGCUCCCCUCGAUGCCCCCAACAAUCGAUUCAAAUCAAACCACCCAGGACACAAAUCAUGGCGCCGCCUACCUCACCACAAGCACAGCCGCAAUGGCUCCUCCGGCAAAAACAACAAAUGACAUGCCGACGACAAGUCAUUUUACGCCGCCCCCGCUCCCCACCCCCAGCGUACCCCACCGACGAAAACGCGGCGGACAAUCUGUCCAAGCCCCGCGACGACCAGCAUCGCCCGCCGUCGCCCCCGCCAGACUAUGGCGUGGCUAUGAUGGGGCUACGAAGCACCACUAUCAGCCUUCCACGCGAUCGAUAGCAAAAACUACAGCGAGGAGGACCCUGAAACCUCGACAGAUUUGAAUGAAGUAGUGGCAUUAUUGUAUACUAUGUUGGUUUUUCACACAAUCUAGACUGUCGCGUGAGGUGUCUGUCAUCAUGGAAACGAACAACCUGUUCUUGGUCGUCUAUGAGAAGCCCAGCAACGACUGCAGGUCGGCUUGUUCCCGUGCAAACGCUUCAAAGUACUGGUAGAUGAUGGUCACGGCCAAGAGCACGCCGGUGCCCGAGCCGAUGGCGCCCAAAAAGUCGGACACGAUCACCAACGCGCCGACGGCGACGCCGCCAAAGGUCGCGGCCACGGGGAUGUAGCGGUUGAGCACGUGCACGAGCGACGUGUCGCGGUGGCCCUUCAUGACCAUUUGUUGGUCGCGAAGCUGCUUAGCAACGUCCCGCGACGACGACCCCGAGAUUUCGAUCCACACGCUGGCAAAGAACGCCGACGAGCCGAGCACGAACGCCACGUACACGAGGGCGCGGAUAGGGUCGUACAAGAUGGCGGCGGCGCUGCCAGGCGCCGAGAUGUAGUAGGCCAAGCCGCUGACGGGGAUGGCGCCGGUGGUGCCUUCGACGUCGGCCCACACCCCGACGAGGCGGAUCAAAAAGUUGUCGCCAAACUUCUUGAAGAGCAAUUGAGACGCAAAGUAAAAGUUGGAGACGAGGGCCGUUUGCAAGAUGAUGGGCAUGUUG